UCAAUGUCGUGUUGUUUGUUGUUUAAUUUUAAUUUUUAAUGGGUAUUAAAAAUGAAUAUUCAACUUAGGUAGAUUAAACUCCGAAAUAAACUAUGAUAGCAUAUGACUAUAAUAUGACUAGUUUGGAUUUUAAAAAUAUAAUGAAAUAAAAUGGGAUGUAUUGGUAGUAAAACAGAUAUUAACGAUAGACACCCAAAUAUUUUUCAAGUAACUAAUGUUAAUGACCAAGGUAGGAGAAUAAAAUCAGGUAAACUUCAAGUCACAGACACUGAUUUAGUAUUUUACCAACGAGGAAAAAAACCAACCAAGUGGCCUCUUCGAGCUCUCAGAAAAUAUGGGUUUGACAUGGAAAUUUUUAGUUUUGAAUGUGGAAGGAGAUGUCCCACUGGCCAUGGCAUCUAUGCGUUUAAAUGUAAAAAGGCAGAACUGCUGUUCAAUGUUGUACAACAACGCAUAUCAGGAAACGUCACAGACGAAGGUAACGGAGAGUUCACAAGUAACAAUGGUCAAAUUUUAGUUUCAAGACGACCAAAUUCGAACGCUCUCUUUCACGCACAGACUGAGGGAUACCUAAAUCCAGUAUCUGUACCAUCUGCAUCUAGAUCUUUAAUUGAAACUAAACGACCAGAUUCUAUCGGCAGCAGCGAACCCCUAAGUCCUGUUGUAUCACCCCCGCCAGUAUCAGAUAUAUCUAAUGAUCCUAAUAGAAGGGCUAGUAUGGCGGCAGAACCCACCUACACUAACAGUUCCGCAAUGGAAAAAGCCUUGACUUUACCCCCACAGUAUAUUAAUUUGGGGGGUAAUGAAGCAGUUGGAGAUCCUUUGAGUGCGUCACAUGUGUACAUGAAUGUAGAUAUGCCAAAAUAUUCGAAACAAGACAUGGAUGACAGCCACUGUUACGCCAAUAUAGAUUCGGAAAAUUUAGAAAGCCUUAGGUCAUUGGAACCUUUACCGUGCACACCUGCUAUUUCUUAUGGCAAUUUUGAUCAGUCGACGACGGUAGAAGAAGUAAAUUAUGCAGAGUUAGACUUGAACGGUAGUGGAGUAAAUAAUUCAGAGUUUCAGGUGGACCCAACUGAAACGAAUACCAAAGAAAAAUACGUAACAAUUGAUUUUCAAAAAACCACAGCACUUUCGCAGUCAAAAAAUCCCUCUAUGGUUGUCGAAGAAGGCUCUAGAAAAACGAGGCACAAUUCGGCUAUCAAUUACAAUAGUUCAAUAAGUGACUGAAUUUAGUAUAUGUGGGUAAAUUUAUUUAUAUAAUAUAUAAAAAACGCAGUCAUUUUUUAAUUGAACUGCAGAGUAUAGUACGAGAUCCGGCGUUAGAAAGUUCUACUACCAUCUUUUAUUUUUUGAUUAAACAUGGUUAACAUGAAAGAUAUUAUAAAUACCAAUAAUAUUGUAACCGUGACUCAACUUCAUCAUAAAAAGUUUAUAAUUUUUUUCAUAAUUUCUUAUUUAAAUAUAGGUUGCAAUUUUUUGGCCCUAUUACCAAUUUGUCAUCCUUAAACAGAUGAGUUCCCAUUGAUAAUUAAAGUUUAUUCCCUACACGAUGGUAUUGGGUUGCCUAAGAAAAACUUGACCCCUCAUACGGUUGCCACAAUUUCAAGCCGGUUCUGCUAAUGGCAGAAUUGUAACUCAAUUAACAGUAUAAUUGAAUCGUCGAAAUGUUUAUCAAAAAUGAAAUAACAAACAAAUAAAUAAUUAAAUCCACAAUUUAAAUUAAUAAACUUUUAAGAGAUUAAACUUAUUUUGGUAAUGGAGGAAUUCCAAUUCAAUUAACAGUAUAAUUGAAUUUUCAGAAGAUUUUACAUAAAUGAAAUAACAUAAGAAAAUAAAUAAUUAAAUUCCCCAAAAUAAAAUAUUUAUUGGCAAUGCGAUGGCAUUCUAAAUAAAAUAAUAUACUUAAUGUGGCAGGUUGAACAGGGCUAAUAUCAUUCUAUCAUCCUCAAUAUUUUAACAAACAAUUUUCAUUUUCCAGGAGAGAAAUUAAAAAUAAAGAAAUUCGGUCGGCGCCAAGUACAACGGAAAAAUUAUUAAUUAGUAAUUAAAAUUCACCUACUCGUAUUGUCGUUCCCCAAUUAGAAGAUUAUUUUCAAAAGUGAUGCAGUCUACUACAGAUGUAACAGUUACAGAUAAGGGAAUAGAGAUACCUCGUGAUCGACUGUGAUAAGUAUAUUAAAGAUAAAAAAAUAUUGAACACUAUGUUUUAAAUAUCUUUUAUUUCAUUAUGUAUUAUACCAUUUUUGCAAAUUGGGCAGUGGCGGCUCGUGGUAAAAAUU